AAGCUCAAGCAAACACAAACAAAGGAGGAAUAAAAGAAGCAAGGGAGCCGUUUCAAAGGCAUAUCCCACCCACUACUACUACUACUACUAGGAUCAAGAAGUCAUGAGCGGCCUGAUGUCUAAAAACUUAAUGCUAAUUGGGCAAUGUCUUGCCCACUCGACGAAAAAUGCGGCGAGGGUAAGAGUUAAGCGCAUGAAGCUUGACGACUACCUACACAUGUAUUUUCCAGAAUAUACUGACUAUUUUGCCCAUGAUCCUGAGCAGAAGUGUAAAGUUGGGGACGUAGUUUUAAUAAAAGAGCUUCCAGAACAGAUGACCAAGGAUAUUACCCACUCUCUCAUGAAGAUUGUGUAUCCCUAUGGAGAUAUCACAGAUCCAAUCACUGGCAAAAAGUGUGUCGUUGGUAACUACAGAGAUCACACGAAGUUGCGUAGUGAAUUAUAUGGAAAAGCAGAAGGCAGUGACGGUGGAUUUGAUUAUGAUAAUGCUCCUGACAGAGGUUGGCAAGAAAAUAGGAGAGACUUUACCCAUAAGGAGGGUUAUAUGAAAUGGCAUGAAUUUGAACCAGGCCAUCCUCUUCACAAUGAUCCAGCUGCUACAUGAGUUUUGAUAUUAUUAUAGGAUAUAUUUUGGAUUUUAAGUUAUUGUAAAUAAAUAAUCAUUGUUGAACUAAUAAAAAUAUAUGUAAUAUGACAUAAUUCAUACUAGUAAAUUUGUUGUGGAAUGAUUUCAUAAGAAAAUUUACUCUGAAAUACAUGUGAUAUUCUCAAAAUGAUAAA